AUGAGCGAUAAAGGAUGUCCACAGUGUGGUGAGGAGCUCAAAAAAUGUUUGAUACAGCAGAAUUACAGCGUAGUUAUGUGCUCGAAUCUGAACUGUAGUUAUCCAUUCAACGAGCGAGAGAUGCUCAGCAACACAGUGUACACUAAGGAUGCUGAUAUAUUGGAAGCAGCUAAAAAAAGGCUUCGAAAGGAAGAGGAGAGCAAAUGA